ACGCCUACCACCCCAUUACGGAGCAAAAAUCUUCACCUACGCACCCAAAUUACCUUUGCCAAAAACCUUAACCAAAUGUGCUUCAACUGAAGGGACUUAAAUAAGAGGCGGAUAAAACGCGGGGAGCAGAGCAAAUUCUGGAUCGAAGCGUGGCCUUAAGGGAUUACCUUCCUCCGACCGCGCGGCUGCCGUACUCCUCCGUGGGUCGGUGGGUGAGCUUAAUCCUCGUAGGAACUCCGUCAUACUAGCUCCCUUUCCUAAAGCGAGACAAGCUCUGACAAGACAAUUAACAAAAGAAGACGAUGGUGCUGUUCUCUAUUCCGGAAAACAUCACUAAGCUCUGGGAUGCAUGGAAUGUCAGAGCAUUGGUCAUCCUAAGCCUCCUGACUCAAGUUUUCUUGACUCUCUUUGCACCAUUAAGAAAACGCCUAGGAGGAAAUAAGGGAAAAUGUGUUCGCAUGUUGAUCUGGUUGCUAUACUUGCUUGCAGACUGGGUUGCUGGGCUUACCGUUGGAUACAUCUUAAGCAACCAGUUGAAAAGUCCUGCCAAAAGUGAUGACAUUCAGACCUUUUGGGCACCCUUUCUGCUGUUACACCUUGGCGGCCCCGAUACCAUCACAUCGUUUGCCCUGGAGGACAAUGAGUUCUGGGUAAGGCAUUUGCUUGGGCUCAUAUUACAAGUUGGUUCUACACUCUACGUCUUCCUUGUAUCCCUCUCAGGCAACAAGCUUUGGCUCCCAACCAUCCUAGUGUUAAUUGCUAGCAUAAUCAAAUAUGCAGAGCGGAAUCGUGCCUUUUAUCUUGCAAGCUUUGACCAUUUUGGCAAAACUUGGGUGCCUGGGGAAGCUGAACUCCUUAUUCCAAAGCAAUUCAGAGAGUUGGGCACUGCAGAUUCCCUGCCAGAUGGAUCGGACUAUUUGACUGAUCCCCCAGCUGUUGAAGAUGAUGAUAUCCGCCGAUAUUUUGCUGAUUCCGAUCGCAAGUCGAUAUUACAAUCUGCAGCUUACUUGUUUGGAACCAUCAGGAAUCCACUUCUUGGCUCUUUUUUAUCUAUACCUCAACGUGCAAAGAGUUUAGCAAACUUUGGAAGCAAAAAUAAGGUUUGUUUUGCAAAAGAAGCGCUCCAAAAGAUGGAAAUUCAGCUGAGCCUAUUGUAUGAGGCUCUCCACACCAAGUUGCCUGUGAUUGUUUCCAAGACUGGGAACGUAAGUCGCAUCUUGAACUUGGGUUGCAUCUUGGGAGCCUUGUUGUCAUUCUCAUUACUUAAGAAGCACUACAAGUUGGACGAGUUUGAUGCCUGGCUAACUUAUGUGUUGUUGAUUGGGGCCCUGACUUUGGAUUUCAUAUCUAUCGUUCUACUCGUGUUCUCCGACUGGUUUGUUAUUGCUAACUUACACAUUUUGGGAUACUUCCCUAACUUGGCAUCUAGAUUGGAAGCCAGAUUUGUCAAGAAGCGCAGGUGGUCUAAAGAAGUUCCCCAGUUAAAUUUUAUAACUUUUAGUGUAAAGGACCAACCAAUUUGGUUGAAAAUAUUGGCCACUUUUCUCCCUGUCAGUUUGUUAGAAGUCAUAAAAGUACUUCGAUGCCUUUCCUCUCAAAAUUUUGGAGAAGACCUACAGUACUGGCGCCCUAUUGUUGAGGAUGUAGUUUCCAUUCUCCAGGAACGGUAUGGACAACUCAUACAAGAUUCUUUUGGCAUGGGAGAUAGACCUAGUUUUUCACAUGUGCUUUUAAGCUUUCAUAUAGGCACCGAAUUAUCCAUCCAAGAAAAAGAUACCCAAGACUCUUCAUCUGGGAGUACUGAUGAUGACAGCAAAACUUGCAAGCUAAUUGCAGAUUAUAUGCUUUACCUUAUGAUGAUGGAGCCUUCUACAAUGGCUACCACGUCGAACAAUUGGGAAAAAGUAUUUAAAGACACAUAUGAGCAUACCUUGUCAAUUUUAGGUCGGAGUUCAGUCUCAAAUGAAAAGCUGGGUGCCAGGGGAAUUCUUUCGGCUGAUAUUGACAACCAUGGGAGAGAGGUUCCAUUCGCAUCUACAUUAUCUGCAGCAAAAAGUUUAGCCGAGGAACUCAAGAACGGAAGAUAUUCCUGGAAGCAACUGAGAAAAGAAUGGGUUUUCAUGAUGUGUUAUGCUGCACGUAGAUGUAGGCCAAAUGUGCAUUCACAACAACCAAGUAAGGGCGGAGAACUACUCACCUUCAUCUGGCUGUGUAUGGCUAAUUACACAAUGACGAUGCAUGGCCUGCACGCCAGAUAAUGAUUGAUUCUGAGCUACCAGAUCUAUCACCUAUGGUUCUUAUGUGUGUAUUUUUUUCUUGAUUUGUGUGUGUGUGUGUGUGUGUGUGUGUUUUUUUUUUUUUCUAUUGAUUUGUGUGUGUUUUCUCAAUCCUUUUAUAAAUAUACAAGGGUCCUAACCCCGCUUUGCCGAGGUAUUGCUAACUCAAUUAGCAAUUUAUUGAGUAUAAAUAAGAUGUUUACACGUAUUUGAACUUCUAGAAAAACUUAUUUCACUGACUUGUUGCUUAAUGAAUUGUAAUUGGGAAG